CCAAAGUACUCGCCCACAGUAGACAUGGUGGGUAUGAGUCUACUCAGGUCUGCCGCUGCUAUUGCAGCCAGACUGAGUCCUCCGAAAUCUGGCAACGCUGCGACAAAUGUACUCAAUCGAACAAUCCCCCAAACGGGAAAAGUGGCCGUCCGUUGGGGUCAUGGGAAGAAUAUGUUUGUGGUCAAACCAUCCGAGUUCUAUGACAAGAGAUUUCUGCGUCUGUUGCAAUUCUACAUCCUGUUGACGGGGAUCCCCGUGGCUAUCAUUGUGUCAUGUGUGAACGUGUUCAUUGGUGAAGCAGAGCUGGUUGAAACUCCUGAAGGUUACGAACCGGAGCACUGGGAGUACUAUAAGCACCCCAUCACUCGCUGGAUCACUCGCACCUUUUAUGAUUCUCCAGUGAAGGAUUAUGAAAAGAUGAUGGCUGCAAUCCACAUGGAAAAAGAGAAGGCAGACAUGAGACUGGCAGAGCUGGAGGUGCGCAGGCACAUGAGGCAGCGAGGAGACGGGCCCUGGUACCACAGACAGACCCUGGACAAGGACCUCAUCGACCGCAGCCACAAGUCUUCACCCGACACCUGAACCUGGCCGGUGUCGGCUCACUACAUUGUGCUGAUCUACUCCUAGCCUCAUUGUACAUUUUUUCCUUCACACUUCAAUAAAAUAGCAAAAUA